AUGGACAAAAAUACUCGAUUCAUAUUUCAUAUCUAUCUAUCUAUCUAUCUAUCUAUCUAUCUAUCUAUCUAUCUAUCUCAAUCUUUUUAUAUCUCUCUCUAUCUCACUAUCUCUCUCUCUCUCUCUAUCUAUCUAUCUAUCUCAAUCUGUUCAUAUCUAUCUAUCUAUCUAUCUAUCUAUCUAUCUAUCUAUCUAUCUAUCUCAAUCUGUUCAUAUCUCUCUCUCCCUUUCUCUAUCUCUCUAUCUAUCUCAAUCUGUUCAUAUCUAUCUAUCUAUCUAUCUAUCUAUCUAUCUAUCUAUCUAUCUAUCUAUCUCAAUCUGUUCAUAUCUCUUUCUAUCUCUCUCUCUAUCUAUCUCAAUCUGUUCAUAUCUAUAUCUAUCUAUCUAUCUAUCUAUCUAUCUAUCUAUCUAUCUAUCUAUCUCAAUCUGUUCAUAUCUAUCUGUGUGUGUGUGCGUGUAAAACGAAGCAAUGUAGCAGGCAAGCAAUUCUUGUCAGCCAAUGAUAAUUGUCUGCCUUAUAGAAAAUAUUUAUCUCUCAAAAUCUGUUUGGGCGCUCUGAAGAUGCUUGUUGGUCGCGGUAAACCAAUUGGGAUUGAUGUUAGACAAGCUUUCCUUAAGCGGCUCUUCUUUCUAGGUUAUCUAUCUAUCUAUCUAUCCCAAUCUAGUCAUUUCUUUCUUUCUUUCUUUCUUUCUUUCUUUCUUUCUUUCUUUCUUUCUUUCUAUUUAUCUAUCUAUCUAUCUAUCUCAAUCUGUUCAUUUUUUUCUAUCUAUCUAUCUAUCUAUCUAUCUAUCUAUCUAUCUAUCUAUCUAUCUCAAUCUGUUCAUUUCUUUCUUUCUUUCUUUCUUCCUGUCUAA